UAAGCCCCUGUAUUUCAGCCUAAUAUCCAAUUAGGCCCUGUGAAAGGGCUUCCACAAAAGAAGGAGCCCCUGAUACUACUUCCGCCAUUAAACUAGAACCUUCCAUUGCAAAGCUCGCAAAGAAGCUUGAGGCUUGUGUGGGUAGACGUCUAUAUGCUCUAUCAAAACCCCAUCAAUUGAAAAAAAAAAUCAAUCUUUUUUUCACUUGACAAACUAGGGUUUUUCUAGGGUUUAUUAUAGUCGAGAACUGUUUUGCUUUAGCUUUUUUCAGUGUUACUGAAAUGGUCAGCUCAAAUGGUCUUCGUCUUGCUCACCGUCUUGCUCGCUGCACCUUUUCUACUACUACUGGAUCUUUGUUGAAGGAGGGUUGUAGGGGAUAUAACACGUCAGUAUGCAAUCAAACAAGGGGAUUGUUUUAUUUCAAUUCAAAGAAUGGGGGCAGCGAAAGGGAUUGGUUAAGACUUGGGCAACUCAAAUCGAAUUUUGGUGCCACAAGAUCAAUUCAUGGAACAGGCAUGAGUAUGAAAGAUUUUUAUGAGGUUCUUGGCGUCAAUCGGAAUGCAACUGCCGCUGAAAUAAAAAAGGCUUAUUAUGGGCUUGCAAAGCAACUGCAUCCAGAUAUGAACAAAGAUGACCCAGAUGCUGAAAAAAAGUUUCAAGAAGUCUCAAAGGCUUAUGAGGUUUUGAAGGAUGAUAGUACACGUCAACAAUAUGAUCAGCUUGGGCAUGAUGCAUUUAAUAAUAUGAACAGUGGUGGAGGUGGAGGUCCUGGAUUUGAUCCAUUUGGUGGUUUCAAAAGUCCUUUUGAAGACAUGUUUAAAAAUGCUGAUAUUUUUGGCAACAUCUUUAACAGAGACAUGGGUGGAGAGGAUGUCAAGGUUCCGAUUGAACUAUCCUUCAUGGAAGCUGUUCAGGGGUGCUCUAAGACUAUAACAUUCCAAACUGAUUUGCCUUGCACUGCUUGUGGUGGAAGUGGUGUGCCCCCUGGCACUAAACCUGAAACUUGUAGGCGCUGCAAAGGUUCAGGCGUGUCAAUCUCGCAAACUGGUCCUUUCACACUUCAGACGACUUGUCCUUCAUGCAAAGGAACAGGGAAAAUCGUAUCGAGUUUCUGCAAGUCUUGCAAAGGAAACCGUGUACUACGAGGACCAAAGACAGUGAAAGUGGAUAUCAUGCCUGGAGUUGGCACUGACGAGACACUCAAGGUGUAUGGAAGUGGUGGAGCAGAUCCUGAAGGCAAUCGACCUGGAGAUCUUUACGUUGUUCUUAAGGUCAGAGAAGAUCCUGUUUUCCGGAGAGAAGGCUCUGAUAUUCAUGUGGAUGCUGUUUUGAGUAUCACCCAGGCAAUCUUGGGAGGAACGAUCCAAGUCCCAACUCUGACAGGAGAUGUUGUUGUUAAGGUUCGUGCUGGCACUCAACCUGGCCAAAAGGUUGUCCUUAAAAAGAAAGGAAUAAAAGGACGGAAUUCCUACUCAUUUGGGGAUCAGUUUGUUCACUUCAAUGUCAGCAUUCCCACGAAUUUGACACCAAGACAGCGUCAAUUGAUUGAAGAGUUUGCCAAGGAGGAGCAAGGGGAGUAUGAUAAAGGGGCCGCAGCAGGAGCCUCAAGGUGAAGGGCAGGGCACAGUGCUUACAAGGUAGGUUAGGGGAUAUAGGUUUGAGUCAAAAGUGUGUACUAUGACGUAUUCUUUCUCUCAUGAGCUGGGGAACUUAGCCAGAGCAAUUUUGGGGUUUGGUCAUUACCAUUUUAUCAGUUUCCUUUACAUUCGAGCGAGGAUUUAAUUGUUGCUUGAUGGAGGGGACAGGUUGGUUAUAGUAUUAUUAUUGUGACAUUGAGAUAAUGUAUCACUUGAUCUGCAACUUAGUGUUGUAUAUAAAUAUGAUGAAACAAAUAAAUGUUUCUGAAGGGAAGUGGAAUGUUACCUGCCAUUCAUCCUC